UUUGGAGUGGCCAAUAAAAUACAAAUCGGCCGUUAACGAUCCCGGAAGAGUGAGGGAGAGAUGGCAGCAACUGACGACGAAGAAAUGGACUCUCUACUCUCAAGCUUUCACUGCAUCCAUGACGAUUUCAAGAACGCCAUCAAAGAGAUCCAAUCCCUCAAAUCAACCUGCAAUGCUGAAAUCAAGAAGCGAGAAGCACUUCAGUUUACUUGUGAUAAUCUAAAACUAGAUAAUGAGCGACUGACGAAGCUUUACACAGAAUCCUUAAACCAACUCGCUGACCGGCUUGAAUGUCGUACACACUGCCAAAAAUUGAAAGAGGAGCUAGACAGACUGAAUAAUGAAUGUCUUGGCAAAGAAAAUGAACAUAGGAAAGCUAUGGAAUUGCUAAAACAAGAUCAUGCAACCAAGAUUGGAGACCUGGAGGCUCAAAUCAGAGGCUCUCUCCUUCAAAAAGCAACAAAUGAGGUAACCAUCAAUCACCUUCACCAAGAUUUGGUGCUGCAUAAGAAUCAUAUAGAAGCCAUGGCGAGCAAACUGGAACGAGUUAAUUUUGAUUUGGAAUCAAAGUAUUGUCGCGAGAUUCAGGAUUUGAAAGACUGCCUUCUGGUUGAACAGGAAGAGAAAAAUGAGUUGAGCAAGAAGCUCCAGAAUUUAGAAAAGGAAUGUGGGUCCAUAAUUGCUUUCUGUGUAUUAUGUUACUCAGAUACCUCUCUCUCUCUCUCUCUCUCUCUCUCUCUGUAUAUAUAUUUAGAGAAAUUUUUAGGGCUUCGUAUUGAUAUACGAUUAAUUGCAAUACCUGAGGUUGAGAUGUCUAAACACCAAGGUUGUGUUUGGGAGCAUAGAUUCUAGGAUUAGGAUUUGGAUUUGGAUUUGGAUUUGUGUAGAUUUGAACAAUUUUUGUGUUGCAUUUUGUUUAAAACGACACAUUCAAACCCAAGGUCUGAAUUCUCCCAAACAUAGGGUAAAUAUCCAAAAAAAAAAUUUGUGGUUUUUUCCUCAAUGAACCUUAGGGAUCUUGAUCAUGUAUAAGCUGGAUUUAUUUUAAUGUUUUUUUAGAUAAAAUUGUUUUUGAUGAUGUUAUUGCAAAUUGCUUUUACUGUUUCAUGGUCAGUGCUGGUUAGCAGAGCAAAGCUAGCUGAACAGCAACAGGAUUUGAGCUCAAAUCGACAUGUCGAAAUACUAAAACAGAAGAUUAUGAAACUAAGGAAGGAGAAAGAGGCCCUAAAAAGACAGCUGCUCAGCAGAGAUGGCUAGAGGGUUCUCCAAAGUUUGUUGCUGACUUUGAUGUUACUGUUUGUGAACAGGGUAUAAACAAUCACCAACCACAUCAAAUAGUUCAGUUUUUUAUGUCAGUUGUUCAAAGGUUGGGACUUCAAACAUUAUCUUUGAUUUGUGGAAUGGAAUGUAAUAAAGAUUUGAAUGGAUCAAUUAAUAACUUCAAUUUUAUAUUUUAUUCCAUUCUUAUUAUCAAA